ACUCAGUAGAAGAAGAAGAAGGUUCAUAGACUGACGAGAGAGACAAACAGCUGUGUGUGUGUCUGUGUUUUUUUAGGAGGACUGACACAUUAAAGAAAUGGCGACGCUCGGGGGGUUUGGCUCUGUACAACACAAGAAAAACGCUGCCGACGGAGACAACGACGUCUCGGAAUUUGUUUGCCCGGUGUGUCUUGAAAUCUACGCCAGUCCUGUGACAACACAAUGCGGGCAUACGUUCUGUCAGAGUUGCUUGCUGGAGUGUCUGCGUCCACAGAAGCCUGUAUGUGCAGUAUGUCGGGCCGCGCUGGGCCACUGGACUAAAAACAUGGCACUGGAAGCCCUCAUCCAGUCAUCUGCAGCUGCUUGCAAGGGGUGUGGUGUUCAGGUUGGUCUGUCUCUAAUGAGACUCCACACAGCUGCCUGUCCCAAAUACCAGGAGUACAUUGAGGAGGGAGUGAGGACCAGUGCCCAGACCCAGCCUGCCAUCAUCAGUCCAGUGCCAAAUCGUUACACCUUCACCUGCCCUUAUUGUAACUACCAGAACCUCGAUCAGGAUGGCCUGGUUGAACACUGCACGACUCAGCAUGCCCGAGAUUCACGCCAGGUGGUGUGCCCCAUCUGUGCCUCCAUGCCCUGGGGCGACCCAAACUACCAGAGUGCAGACUUUUUUCAACACCUGAAGAUUAGACACACAUUUUCCUAUGACACUUUUGUCGAUUACUCUACAGAUGAGCACACUAUGAUGCAGGAGGCUCUACAGCGCUCCCUCUUGGACAACUGAAGUGUGAAGAGUAUUCCACUUUUGAAGGAAAGGGACAGAAAGAUGAUUGUGAUGGGGUGUGUUGAGGGAAUACUACACUUUAUUAUCAUUCAUCUAACAGUGGUGGUGUAACCAUGGCUAAUUCGUUUCACAGAGAAUUGGCAGUGUAAGUGUAAAGCUAUAGGUCAUUACUCAGAAAAUAAAGCCAAUAAUUUUGGUAAAUGGACUGCAUUACAAUUAAAAAGCAUAUUGUCCCCAUCUGAUUUAUGAGUGAUACCAUGUUCCUGGUGUGAUGACCUCUUAUAUCCCCCGAGCUGAGCCCACAGACGUAAUAGUUUGUUGAAUAACAUAUGCCAUUAGCAAAAACUGCAAAAUGUGUUUUUAAAAUUCUGUCGUCAAUACCUGACGUUAUAGGGGGGUUCUACCACUAGGUGGCUAACUUGGUACCAACAAUAUUCACUCAGUGAAGUUUUUAAGUAAUGUUAACAAUAUAAAAACUUCUAGUCAAGUGCGUCUCUGCAUGUUUACUCAGAAUAGAGGAUUUUUUUUAAGAUUCUUUGUUUAUUAUGUGUGACUGGCGUGUAUAUUUGUUCUCAGAAGUACUGGGGUGACGAGGUUUAAAACGGGCAGAGAUGACAUUCUGUUGUAAGGUUUUCUGGCAGGUCCUUGCUGGUAAAUCAUGUUUCUGGCUUCUACGAUUGUUGAGGGCAAGAAAACAUUAAGCGAGCUGUAGGAUGUGGAGGCAAAAAGCAUUCUGCCAGGAAUUGUUUCGAUCGCUUUCAUUUUGUAGGAAUGUGCACAGUUUUGGCCAAAGGGUGGCAGUAGCGUUUCAGCCUUCUUUUUUUUCCUUUCUUUUUUGGCUAUCCAUGGAAAAAAAAAAAGCCUGCCUACUCUUUCUGCAAAAACAUAAUUCAACACACAAGUCCUUCCUUUAAAUGUGCAGUAUUGUUUUAACAGGGUUGUUUGACCAGUUACUGAUCCCAACUGUGUUUUAAGGGGAAUCAUGGGGUUUAUUCAGUAACAAAUGCCACUUUUAGUCUGUGAAAUGAAAUUGACAUUUGCUUAUCAAUGAAACCUACUGUUGUGUUUUUUGUCACCCCCAUGCAGCCCCCCCCCCCCCCGACUAUCAACAUCACUGCCAACCGUUUAGAGAAAAGGAGUCAUAAUGUACAGUAUGCAUCUAAAAACUUGACAGCAUGUGACAGACGUCUGUACUUGUUUUUCACUGGAUGUUUUAAAAUUUCAGUUAAAAAAAAAAAAAGUAUAUUAUGUGCAUCUGUUAAUUUUUUUUUGUUUUGUUUUACUUUUUUCCAACACCAGUGGUGGUUUCCAUGAACAUUUAAUUGUCAAAUACUCGACACAAUUCCAAUACAUUUCUGUUUUUAACCAACAGGCAAAUAAAACAACACUCCUGGGUAGCUGUCGACCACCUUAAUACGUUUUCAUGUAGUCCUUGUGUCUCUGUUAAAAUGCAUUGCUGGUGUCUUUUUUUUUUGUUUUUUUUUUGUAUGCGUUUCUCAUGUUUAAUAACUACAUUCCUCCCCCCUUCUCUGUAUCUCUCGUUCUCUUUUGUCAGCCCUACUGUCAGGCGGUGCUAAAUCCUGAUAAAUUAAAGCUCUUUAAUUAUUUACACCCUG